CGGAACAGCAGGACCAGCCCCCGGGGCCGCUUAGUCAGUGUUCUCCUGGUUGAUACAGCCUCCGUUUGCACGUAGGAACGACCUGUGCGCACUCAGAGGCAGUCAGGGAACACAUUCCAGAUUUCUUUGGAUUUCAUUGAUUUUUCUGUGAAUCAGCAGACAACCUAGAGGACUUGGAGCUACAUAUUGAAGACAAUGUCUGGAAGCUUCUACUUUGUAAUUGUUGGCCACCAUGAUAAUCCAGUUUUUGAAAUGGAAUUUUUGCCACCUGGGAAAGCAGAAUCCAAAGCCAUCUUGCUCAUGAAGAAGAUACUCAUGGUUCUGACCGGAUUGUCUCUGCUGUUAAUAAAGAUGACAACUCACAGCUGGGCUGAGCAUGACCUCCCUCCCCAUCACAGGUCCCAAAGCCAUGAUGAUCACCGCCAUCUGAACCAGUUUAUAGCUCAUGCUGCUCUCGACCUUGUGGAUGAAAAUAUGUGGCUUUCUAACAACAUGUACUUAAAAACUGUGGACAAAUUUAAUGAGUGGUUUGUAUCAGCAUUUGUCACUGCAGGGCAUAUGAGAUUUAUUAUGCUUCAUGAUGUGAGGCAAGAAGAUGGAAUAAAGAACUUCUUUACUGAUGUUUAUGAUUUGUAUAUAAAGUUUGCAAUGAAUCCAUUUUAUGAACCCAAUUCUCCUAUUCGAUCAAGUGCAUUUGACAGAAAAGUUCAGUUUCUUGGGAAGAAACACCUUUUAAGCUAAAUGGAGAAAAACUGAAAUAAACUGUAUCAUCGUGGGGUAUACUCAGGAAUGUGUGUUCUGUAAGUCAUUUGAAACAGCCUGAAAAAUGUUCCCUUAAAAUUGUACAUUGUUUUCAUGUUAUCAGCAUUAAUAUUUGCUUGUGAACCGUGAUAUUUACAAACAGCUCUUUAUCAGUAAUUUUGAAUGCUUUUAUUUAAAAGCUUGAGAAAAAUUUUGUCUUUCCCAUGAUAAUUUGAUCUUAAUUUAUUAAUUCAAAAGCAUAUCUCAUAGUUAAUAUCUGUUAGAUUAAUUUAAGACUGAAAAGUUAUGGAGACAUGAAUGAAAUUGAAUUAUUUAUAAUUUAGAGAUGUUCUUUUAACAUGCAUAAUACACUGCAGUACCAAGAAGCUGAAGCAGAAAGCCCAUGCCAGUGUUACAUGCUUGCCUACCUCUGCCAGAGGCUGAGAAUCAUCCUGCUGUAACUCUAAACCCCUACACUUAUGUAUGCUGGACCAGUUAUAGGUCAUGGCAAAAUGUGUUGCCUCUGUCACCUUAUAUUCUAGUGUUUCCUUUCUCUUGUAAACUAAAGGUUUACUUUAUUUAAACUUGUAUCUGUACUUGAAAAAAUGUUAUAAUACGGAUUUGAUAUUACUAAUAAAAGCCUGAGUUGCACUGACAUUUGCACUUAACCUUUUAGGCUAUACAGAGUGGGAGGUGGCAGAUGUGGCCUCUUGCAUUAGAAAUGCUGGUUUGAUUUUACAGUAGUACAUAUGCAUGGCAAAGAUUUUCAUGUACAUACUGGAAAAAAUUUUUCCAUUCUAAUUUUUAAGUAAGGACUUCUAAACUUUCUUGUAUUCUUUGGUGAACUUGUUACCAUCACUCUUCUUUUUUUUUGACUUCUUAAAUAAAAUUUAUAUCCAAGA